AUGAAUAGCCGAGAGAAUUCAGAUUCUAUAAGGAGUGAUGAAUAAUCCUUAGAUUUGGAUUGUAGAAUAAUGCAACCAAAGUUUAAAUAACAAGAUUAUGAUACAUACUAAACAGAAACUAGUACUUCAGUAUAUAAAAGGAUAAUGAAUAUAAAGUCUAGUUCAAGUGAGUAUAAAUUCAAGACAUAUCAGGAUACUAAUUUAUCGUUGAAUAAAUAUAGAUGUAAUAGGAAAUUGAGUGAUUAUUAAUAAUAAGUAUCAAUAGAAGAACAAACAAGAAAUGAAUAGUGUUUUAAUUAAAAUUUUGAUAUAUAAUUGGCAAAAGAUAAAUAAAGAAAGAAAAAAAGUAAAAAAGGAUCUUUGUAUUCUGUAACAAGUCAAUCUCAAUCUCCAAUUUUAAAUAAGAAUUAAUAAGUUUAAUUAAUAGACACAUAAUCUAAAAAGUCUCAAAGUUUUGUAAGUAAAAAUUCGACAUUUAAGAAGUAAAAAAGUGUAAUGGGUAAUUCUUAAGAAAAGAAAAUUAGUAUAACAUAGGAUUAUUAGGCAAUAAGAAUAGUAUAGGGAUCUAAUAAUGUGCCUAAUUAAUUUGAUUAAUUUAAAAAUCCAAUCUAAGAAAAGCUAAGUAUGAAUAAGUUAAAUAGAUAUUCAUUAAAUGAGAGUAAAUUAGGAUAGAUGUAUAAUGGUACAAAUAAUUUAUUACUGAUUACAUAAUAACCUAAGAGUAUAUUGAAGAGUAAAUCUGUAUGCAGUGAAAGUAGUAAUGGUAAUAAUAGUAGUAAAUAUAAAUCAAUGAAAUCAUCACUUUAUAAGAAAGUUACAUUUGAAUCAAUAAAAGGUUAAAAUAUAAAAUAAUCUUAAAAGAAUUAAUAAUAAUUUGUAAUAAUAUAAUGA